CAUUAUGUGGUCUCGUUAUUCGGACAGGAGGGGAUUAUCUGCUGAAUUAAAAUCACCUGUGUAUGGAUUUGUUGCAUUAUUCGCACUAUCUCUCUUCUCCGCUUAUUAAGCACUUCCUCUCCAGUGGAAGUAGAGCACGAAUCCGAGAAGCCUUACUCGGAAAUAUUGAUCGCUUUGCAUUGUAAUUUCCAGGCGUACCGACCAAGAAGAUGCGGGUGUUGCGGAGUGUGUGAUAGGUGUAGGUGAGGCUAUUUUGUUGCUGCUGCCAUGCUGGGCUCACUUUCACUGGGCUUAUCAUCCGACACAUCACCAUCAUGGCAGGGGCAGGCCGGCUUUGCAGUGUUCAAAGUUUUUGUACCGUUAUUUUACUAGAGUUAGGUCUUAUGUUGGGGUUUUGGGUGGGUGACUAUUUGCCAAGAUAUCUCAACAGGCCGCCGGAUAUUUGCGAUGUCACGAAUUCAUCCAUAGUAAGGAAGCUAAUUCAAAAGAAUUGGACUCCCAUUUUGAAAAAGCAUGGCGUCUCACUUCCCGUCGAAUGUCCGUUCAACAUUGCUCGAGAUCUGCACGGGAUCCGAGAAUCUGUCAAAAGGACACGCUCUUCCCACUGGCAGUGUCUCAAGUGUGGCAAAAAGUUUUACUUGGAACGCCAUUUAGACCUUCACAUCGAACGACGUCAUAGUGAACUAAUAAAUAAUGCAGAUGAUUCCAUUUGUCUAGCCGGAUUUUGUGACAUUAUGCGAUGCGAUGUUCUCAAGUCGACGUCCUUUCUAGAUGACGAGUCCAAGUCCACCGAUGUUUCUAUAUGGGCGCCCUCCUCGGGGGGUGUGGGUGUAGCCAAACAGCAACAACCGCACCCAGCUUUACACACAUUUAAACAAGCCGUUAGCCAUCACCAUCAUCAUUCUCAUCCCCACAGUGAUGGACAACAUUCGCAUUCUAAAGAUGGACAAUUAAACGUCGAAGGGCCUGAGGGUGAAUCGAUAGAACAUUGUGAUGAAGCGUACUACACCAAUUUACACGUAAAAUGUUCCAAUUUGGUAUGGAACUGUCUCCAAGGGCUCAUAUCAGUUUUGGAUCCUAAAGAAUUCAAAGCAAUUCAAAAUGAGUUAGAAUCUGUAAGUUGUUCAUUUUUGUCCUGCUCCCGCUACGGGGACAAGUGUUGUCCCCCAAGUUCCAAGGGAAAAGGAAAGCUGCGCCCAUUUUUCAUCGUCUUUGGUUCAUUGUUUAUUUCUUUGUGUCUUGCUUUGGCCUAUUACUUUACUUGGAUUUACACACAAAGUGUAAAUUCGGAGGAGGAGAUCUUUUAUGAGGAAGAGGUUGACAAGCCCGUGGAGGUUAACACUGCCACAACAAGUAGUCGAAAAACUGCUCCGUUGUUAAACCGAACGACUCAUCUAUGACACAAUAACUAGACCGAGAGCUGUUGUCCAUGUUGUUUUGUUACCGUUGAUUAAUUAAUUAAUUAAUUAGGAUAGGAUACGUCCACAAAUGUGUUACAAUAGACGAGUUCAUUUUGUAACGUUUAUUGAUACUUUCUCUGAAGCCAAAAUAAAAACAGUCGAAAUACAUAUA